UGUAAUACGAAGAAGCCCAGAGGUCGGAUUGAGUAAAAUUUAUCAACGGAUUCCUCGGUUACGACGAUAAUUAUUAUUCUGUUGCUAUGUAUUUAAGAUUUUCACGCGAGUAAAUAAUGUGCGAAUUGAAAUGGGGGUUUUCCCGUCUCUUCCGUUCUGCUACGCAUCAGUUGGCCACUUUUGACCAAAUUUUGGCCCAAUGUUCAGUCGUGAAGGUUACAAACAAUGGAAUAUUCCAACAUUUUGCUCAUUUUUCUAACACACGAUUAAAAUGUAAAUUGCUUCGCGCAACCAUAAAUAUCACUAGUUAUACCGGCGGGAGAUAAUAGCCAUAUUUAUUACUUCAUGCAAAUAAUUAUGCUUUAAUUGGAACAAUAGGUUGCGCAAGAGGUACCCUAAUCUCGCUAUAAAAGUGAUUCACCGAAAAUUCCAUCACUUGUGAAAUUGAAAAAAGAAAAGUAAAAUUCCUGUGGCCACUUUCUCCAAGUGACUCAUGUGCUUUGGACCUAAAGACGGAGUCACGGCCGUUGCCUGCGUCCAAACGGCGCAAUUAUCGAUUUUAAUAAUGCAUCUAGUACUAUCGAACGGUUCUUCAUCUCAAGGAGUGGCUUUUGCAAUUUCCUGUCAAUCCCGAGCGAAUUCCAAAAUGUUGCGAAAUCUCACGAUCGCGUUCGGAUUUGGGAAAACCGAGCUGUUACGCAACAGUUCGGUUUUUCCCCGGAGAAAGCCGCAUAAGGCCACAGCGUCAAAAUUUUCAAUUCAAUUACGAAAUUGAAUUUGCGCUGACGUAACAAACAAGCAUUGAAAUUUCCGAGUAACAAAGGUAGCAGAUACGUCUAGCUAUGAUCCUGAAAAGGAUAAAAGCGUGACGUAGCACCUUCCUUGACAAUGCAGUGAAUCGAGGAUUUUUGACCAAGGUGAACCAAAAGCUAGAAAGAGAGGGAGCGUUUGAAAUUUUUAGAUGUUAGACUAAGAAGGAAGAAUUAGUUGGGUUCGUGGUUCGGUUUUGUGCACAUCUUGGGUGCGUGUGGUGCGUGAGGUGUGAUUUUUUCUCAUAGAAGCUCACACGACGUGAACAAUGAGGAGCCAUUAUGAUGCCACAAACUGUUCCUUCAGCCGGGUUCACCCCACCGUGUGACUACACAAACUUCGCUGAAAACUUCGACUUGUCCCUCCUCCCCGGUGGCGAGCAAGUUGACUACACACAGUCGCCACCACCCGAAAAACCCCAACCGAAAAUCUACACCACCUUCUACCCCAACUCGCCUGAAGCCGACUUCCGGCCCGAUUUCCAGACGUUGCUGGUGCCAGACGCCGAGAAAACUCCAGCCGUGUUUCUGGAAGUACCACCGAUCCUCUCACCCAACUCCUACCGCCAGUCGAGCGAAGCUAACUUCUACCCCAGUUCGCCGGAGUUGUCCCUCUACACCCCGUCCCCGAACUCGCUCUACUCGCAAUCGCCAGUCGAUGAUUUUUUCCAGUACGUCAAAAAGGAAGCCUACCCGCCCUCCCCGUACAGUUACAGAGUCAAAGAGGAGAAUUUCCUCUCGCCUUGCGGUUUUUCAUCGCCGACAAGUCCUGCCACAAGCUACUCGAGUUUGUCGUCACCAGAACAAAUAAACACACAGCAGUCGGAGAACACCGACGUCUUAGAGUUACUGGAAAACACCGUCUUGGAUAAACAAAUCAAGCAAGAGAGCACGGUCGAUUUCGGCAAUCUCUUGAGUACUUUCCAGGAUUCGGAAAGCUUGAGACGUUUGCUGGAAGACGACUUCAAGGAGGCGCAGCCCCAGACGGUGCCCUCCAAGCCGAAAGACCACCAACUGUUGCGAGAGGUUUUGCGAGAUACCAGCUUCCAGAAGAAGUAUAACAUUAAGCCGAUCGAUUUCGGGUUCAUUGGCGACAUUAAGAUGGAAGAACCGGACGAGAACGCUCAGAGGGACCUCAUGAGGGAGAAAAUCGAGCCUGUGUUGAGCCUCGCCAUCGAGCAGAUGAGGAAGGACGUGGACACGACGUGUGCAGCGCUUGGCAUAUCCCCCGAUCCCACGCAAUGGAGCGCUGCAGAUGUGCUGUCCUGGCUGCAGUGGACCUCCCGACAGUUCGGUUUAACCGAACCGGUUCCAGACCACUGGGACAUGAACGGCCCGAGUUUGGCCGCCUUGUCCGAGGAAGAUUUUACAAGACGUGCUCCUCAGGGAGGAAUGAUCCUUCAUGCCCAGCUUGAAAUAUGGAAAGCUGCAUACUCUGACGAGGAUCUAAGCAUGAAAUGGCAACCUGAGACCACCUCCAGUAAUGCUUCAAGUGGAGACAUGUCGGAUGAAGACGACGACGAAGCGUCUUCAUCGCAGACAGACCCGAGUCGGCCCACGACCUCCCGGUCGGGGGGUUCCCACAUCCACUUGUGGCAGUUCCUGAAGGAACUGUUGGCCUCGCCGCAGACUUACGGCUCCUGCAUCCGGUGGCUGGACCGCACGAAGGGAAUCUUCAAGAUCGAGGACUCCGUCAAAGUGGCCAGGCUGUGGGGGAAGAGGAAGAAUCGGCCGGCGAUGAACUACGAUAAGUUGAGUAGGUCGAUAAGGCAGUAUUACAAAAAGGGAAUCAUGAAGAAGACGGAGCGGUCGCAGAGGCUCGUCUACCAGUUUUGCCACCCGUACAACUUGUAGUUGUGCACUGUUUAUUUAUUUUUAUUUUUGUUAGGGGUUACGUCGGGCUGGUGUGGGGUUUCGUUGGCGUUUUGAAGUUAUCAAAAUGCAAAUGAAUUUUUGGUCAUUUCGUAGGGUAUUACUGCGAAAUUUUUAAAUUUGUAAAUAUUUAUUAUUCAUGAACGGAAGGUAAUUUCCAAAUAUUUUGAUAUAAUUUAAGUAAAAUAUUUGCCGAUAAGUAGAAAUUUUCGCGGAGAGUUUACUGGUGUUCAGUCCUUGUGGCGGUUUGGUGCUCGAGCCCAGGCUUUUGAGCUCAAUUGCCACUUUGGGUUAGCACUGGUCUUCCAAAAUUUCGAAAUUCGGUGAUUUUGGUCCCAUAUAUCUAUGAUAUAUUAAGUAAGUAAGUUCUAUGAACACGAUUAUAUUUCUUAAGGUUAAUAAUAAAAUACUCAUGGACAUAUCCAGAUUCGUACACAGUGUACAGUAAGUGCUAUAGCUGUGGCUGAGAUAAAUAUACUAUGUGUUAAUCCUAAUUUAUUGUUAUUUGUUUAACAAAUGUCUUCUAUUGUAUGUUAUUUUUAGAUGUUGAUAGCUUUAAGCAGUUAUUUCUUGUGCAAAUUUAUUUUUAAUAAAACUUAUUACCAAAA